AUGGAAGAUGCACUGGAGAUCAAGGACGUGGAAAAAAUCGUAGAGGCAAUCCUCAUCCGCCUCCCGCCUGGUGAGCCUGAGAAUUUCGUGUGUGCAUCCCUCGUCUGCCAACUGUGGCGCCGCCUCCUCUCCGACAAUGGCUUCCUCAACCGUUAUCGAGAUCUCCAUAAUACACCACCUAUGCUCGGACUUCUCCACAAUUGGGUCAUCUGGUUCCCCAUGAUGGGCAACACCAGGGAGCUGCCGGCACCACAGAGAGGCGACAGUUGGAAUACUUAUGAAUGUGCAACUGUGCUUUGUGCCGUUGACGGUUGCGACCAUGGGGCUUGCCAAUCGGGCCCAUUUUUUGUGGUCUCCAUCAGCCUUGACGAGGAUAAGGUGGCCACGACAAUCAUGUAUUCGUCGGACACGGGUACUUGGAGCACCCCGGCCUCCCUUGAUCUAGGUUUUAUUGAGAGUGAUAUCAGUAUCUCUUGGAUGCACGGUGUGCUCUCCGGAGGCGCGCUACAUUUUAUCUUGAUGCACGACGAUGCUCGUCUUGGUGUACUUAAGUAUGACUUGGGGACGUCUUGCCUAUCAGAGAUUGAGCCGGCGUUUGAGAUUCAGAGUGCCCGCUUUGACUCUCAUGCCCUGAUUGCACCGGAGGACGGCCAACUGGGGAUUGCGAGGCUCAGUGGUUUCAAUCUCUCCGUGUACUGGAGGGAGGUUUGUCACGACCAGGUUGCAACGUGGACAAAAUCUGAAGUCAUUGACCUAAAGAAGCAUCUCCUUGCAAGCAAUCCCAUGAUCUCACAUACCGAGUUGGUUGGCUCUGUUGAAAGAACGACUAUCAUCUUUGCAACCACAAAUAUUGGCACCUACAUGAUUGAUCUCAAGUCACUAAGGUCGAAGAAGCUCACGAGCGAGCUUCGUCUUUUCAACCAUCCAUGGGCUCUGUUCCCCUAUUUUAGCUUCUACAAUCCCCAGCGGGACAAGUUGAGAACGCGGUCGAUUUAG